AUUUGACUACGUCUUUGUAAUCUUUGGUUAUUAAAGUUAAACCCAUCUUGGAAUCAAACACGACCGUUAAAAUCAGAAACCUUGGUUUUGGUCCUUCUUGGAUAUAGCCAUGGUGAUCUUAUCUCUCGUCUCUUGUUCCUUCUCCGUUUUCUCACCACCGAUUAGUCUCCGCCUUCAUCUCCCGUCGGUUACAUCUCUCUAUUCCAAUGGAACCUUACCUGCUUCUUCUACAUUUCGGUCUCAGCUACAGCCAUUACUUAUCAGCUGCUUAAAUCAUCGAGAACCUUCUCUAAUUUUCCGAUGUAGUUGCGUUAGUUCUCCGAUUGAAGCCGGAAGUCAAAUUGAGUCUCUGUUUUCGUUAUUCCGAGAUAUUGGGUUUAUUGAAGAAGAAACUGAGAUGAUUUUAGCGAAGAACCCAGACAUAAAGUCGGCAUCUUUGGAUAAAAUUGGUGCUCGUGUUGCUUCUCUUCAGUCUCUGAAAAUCGAUGGCUUUGCGCUUCAGGGUUUGAUUGCAAAGUGCCCUACUUUAUUGACUUCAGAAGAAUUCGAUCCCAUUAUUAGUUUCUUAGUUGAUGAACUCGAAGGAAGGCUUGAUCCUGAGUUAGUGGAGCGCUUACUCUCUGUGGUAGACACAUCUAUCUUGCUUAGUUUUAAUCAGAAGGUGAGAUUGCUUCUCCUCCAUGGAAUACCUAAAGAAAAGAUCUCUCAUGUGUUGAACAAAGUGUACCUAAAUAAACUGCUGUAUCAGAAAUCAGUUGAAGACAUUGAGAGAUUGAUUAGUUUCUUGGAACCUUUUGGUGGAAUUGGUAUAAUUGCGAGGCGGCCAGUGAUUCUCAACAGUGACUUGGAUAGUCAGUUGAUUCCUAGGGUUGAUUUCAUUAGGAAUCUUAGCGGGGAAGACGAUUUCGCUACUGGAACGGUGCUACGUAGACUUCCUGCCAUAUUGAGUUAUAGUGUUGAGCAUAUGAACAGCCACGUCGAGUUUCUCAAGUCUUUUGCUGGCUUGACGAGUGAGCAAGUUUUUAAGAUUGUUCAUGUGUUCCCGAAUGUUAUCAGCACUAGUAAAGAGAGGAAGCUGCGCCCGAGGAUAGAGUUUCUGAAGGAAUGUGGCUUUGAUUCCCCCGGCAUGUUCAAAUUCUUGAGUAAAGCACCGUUGAUUCUAGCUCUAUCUGAAGAUAAUCUAUCGCACAAACUCGGGUUUUUAGUAAAGAUUGGAUAUAAGCACAGAACAAAGGAACUGGCCUUUGCGAUGGGAGCUGUGACCAGAACAAGCACUGACAAUAUGCAGAGGGUAAUUGGACUGUACUUGAGCUACGGUCUUUCGUUUGAAGACAUUCUAGCGAUGAGCACAAAGCAUCCUCAAGUCCUGCAGUAUAAUUACACUUCUUUAGAAAAGAAACUGGAGUAUUUGAUCGAGUACAUGGGCCGUGAAGUCGAAGAAAUUCUUGCAUUUCCUGCAUUUCUUGGGUACAAGCUUGAUAGCAGAAUCAAACAUCGGUAUGAAGAAAAGUUGAAGAGCAGAGGUGAGAACAUGUCUCUUAACAAGCUUUUGACAGUAUCAGCUGAAAGAUUCUCUAAGGCGGCUGAUAAUAUUGAAAUGAUUUGUUUAUGAUUGAGUGACAAAAGGAAACAACAAAGUUAAUGACCAAGUUUGAGUUCAUUGAGAAGUUACAACUGAAGAGUUUUUAUCACAAAUUCUCACUUCGAUAUCAACAUUAAUACUUUACCUGUCUUAAUUUUAUAGUAUCAAUGUUCUUGCUCGGGUUAGUUUAUGCAUGAUAUUAUGUAAAAAACUUAUAAACUAAGUAGAGAACA